AUGAUUAUCUAUAAAGAUGUUAUCACUGGUGAUGAGAUCAUCUCCGACUCUUACGACUUGAAGGAGGUCGAUGGUGUUGUCUACGAGGUCAACUGCAGCAUGAUCACUAUUGGCGCUGUCAACGUCGAUACUGGUGCCAACGCCUCUGCUGAAGAAGCUGAGGAGGGUACUGAAGAUGGAGAGCAAAAGGUCAACGAUAUCGUUAACUCUUUCCGUCUCAACUCCACCUCUUUCGACAAGAAAUCCUACCUUUCCCAUCUCAAAGGUUACAUGAAGGCUGUGAAGGAGCACUUGAAGAAGUCAGGUGCUUCUGAUGAGGAAGUUACCAAGUUCGAGAAGGGUGCCGCUGCAUACGCAAAGAAGAUUGUCGGGGGUUUCAAGGAUUAUGACUUCUAUGUUGGUGAAUCUAUGGACCCUGAUGGAAUGGUCGUUCUCAUGAACUACCGUGAGGACGGUGUUACUCCAUUCAUCACUGUCUGGAAGCACGGUCUCACUGAGAUGAAGGUUUAA